UAGUACUUCUACCAUGAUUAACAACAAUAAUAUACUGACAACUGACAAAGUGACACUAUUAUUUUACUAAAAAUUAAUUACUCCAAAUUCAUAUUUAUUUCAAAUAAUGAUAUUAAAAAAUAGUCUUCUGGUAUCGAACGCUCCGUCGCUCCCCUUGAUUACCAUGUUACGUAUUCAUAAUAUUAAAAAUAAUGACAUCAUGAACAAGAUCAUAAAAUUUUUAAGAAGAUAGCGCAGUAACCAACUUUUUGUAACUCCAAUUGAAUAUUUUAAUUGACACUUUAAGCUUAUACUUUUUACCUUUUUUAUACUUUAUAUGAACUUUGAAAUUUAUUUAAACAAAAAAUCUUCUAAAAAGUUCAAAAGUAUUACACAAAUAUUCCAUCAACGAAGAACUAUUUGAAUGAUUUUUCAUUGAGACUUUAUUAAUCACUAAAAAAAAGUCAUGUUUUCGGUACGUUUGAUUAAUGCAGACAGCUAUCAGGCACUCCCAUCGCCUCAGCUGGAUCCAACUUUUUCAGAAUUUCGAGGUUCUGAAAUUAAGUAUGUGCCUAUUAUUCGAAUUUUUGGUACUACUCCAACAGGAAAAAAGACAUGUUUGCACUUGCAUGGUGCGUUUCCGUACAUGUAUGUACCAUAUACUAGCGAGAAAAAAGAUGAUAAUUUAUUAUACAAACUUGCUGCAUCGCUUGAUGCUGCAAUAAAUAUAUCACUUGGUACAGCUACUUCAAAAACGCAGCAUGUUUAUAAAAUACAAGUUGUUACUGGAAUACCACUUUAUGGAUAUCACAAGGAACAACAUCAGUUUUUAAAAAUAUUAUUUUAUAAUCCAAUGAUAAUAAAAAAAGCAGCCAGUUUGUUACAAAAUGGAUCAGUAAUGAACCAAAGCUUGCAACCUCACGAAGCUCACAUACCAUAUGUUCUUCAGUUCAUGAUUGAUUAUAAUGUACAUGGCAUGAGUUGGAUAAAUCUAUCGACGAUCAAAUUUCGACAAGCCUCACAAUCUCAAACAGAAAAUGGAAAAGUUCUAAACGCUUUCAACUGUUUGUCUGAUUCUGAAUAUUCGACAACUACUAUCGAGUGUCAAAGUACAUGCCAACUUGAAGCCGAUGCUUUUGUAUCCGAUAUUCUAAAUCGUCAAGAAGUAGAGAAAAACGUUGAUUUAAAUCCAGGACUCGCUGCCAUUUGGAAUGAAGAAAAAGCAAGAAGAUUUCAAAAUAAAUUCCAUGGUUGUGAUUCACAACUUGUUUACCCAAAGAGUCCAAAACGCCCUACUUAUCGUAUGACAAUCGAUGAUCUUUAUCAAGAACGAAGAUUCAAUCAACGAUUGGAAACAAUAUCAUUGUCUGACAAAAGUAAAAUAUCAAAAAAUGAAAUAUGGCAUCCUUUUCAAAUAGAAAAUAUGGAAGAAUUGCCAAGUUCAUCAACUGUAGAAAAACCAAAAAUUAUCUUAAAUCAAUGUUCUAAUCGAUCGUUAUUGGACUGUAGUGUGUUGGACUCAGCAGAUCAACCAUUAGUUGAAAUGCUCGAUGAUCUGGCACAAGAUGAUUUAGUUGACAAUGACAGUAUUCUUGGUUUAAGAAUAAAUUCUCACAAUACCCAAGAUGACUUUGAAUAUGACAUAAAAGAAGAGAAAGAAAUGGAAGAUGCUGAACAUGAAGCAAAUGAUCUUACCUUGACAUGUAUGCAACUGGAAUCGUUAAGUUCUUGGAGUACUAUAAAACCGCUAUUCGAUGAUCAUUCUCAAAAUAAAACAAUGAUGGUUAAUGAACCAUUAAUGGAAAAAUUACCGGUAAAUAAUUCGGAUUCCGGAGAGGUAGAAUUUACCAUUCCUCAACUAGAUGGAAUUGGAGAUUUAUUAGUGAAUGGUUUUGGCUCUGAAACCAGUGAAAAUCUCCAAGUAUCCAAACGUGUCGGACAACUCAAUGAAAAAUCAUUUGGUGACACAAGAGACAUUAAUAAUCGGAAAUGUCUUAAUUCUAUCAAGUCAGUCAACUAUUCAGAAUUUUUAAGAAAUUCAGAUCGUUCAUGGCCGUCGGCUUCAACCAAUGUUCAUUUUUUACGAGCUGUAGUAUUUAACAAAUGUAAGUCAUAUUAUAAAAAUAUUACGCCUGAGAUAAAUAACAAAAAUAUUUAUGAACAUAAGUCAGACCAACAUCAAUUUAAUAGUAAAGAUAUUUUGCGGUUGUCAACAACUAAGAAUUUAAAUUAUAAUUUUAAUACUGUUGCUACAUCGGAAAAAUUGCAAAGUGUCAAAUUUAUAUCGAUUGAAAUAGCGAAAAAUAAGCGUUUCAAUAAAUUGCGACGCAAUAAUAUUUUUAUUAAUCGUCCAUUUGAUGACUCGAUUAUAAGAAAAAGAAGAAAAACACUUGGAAAUAGAUUAUCAAACCAAACUCAUCAGAAUAAUUGGCCAAAGAUUAAAGAUAUUAAUCGUAAAUUUGUAAAAUUUAUUUAUAGUGAAUCAAUGAAAAAUACAUUUUUACAUAUCUUUCGUAAUAUUAGUAUUACAUUUAAAUGUUUAUCGCCAAAUGACAAUUAUCGUUCGCCUCAAGCAAAUGAAGAUAACGCAUACAAUAAUAUCAGUAACUCAUACAAUGACAAUAUUACACGAACUGAUACAAAACUACUUGCAUUUAAUAGAUAUGACCAAAUGUUGAAAUUAAUUUUGUGCAGUGAAGAUAAAAAAACCGAUGAAUUAAGUAUACAAACAAAAAAACUACAUGCGUGUUUAUCAAUCCACGAAUUAAAUUUCGACGACCAAGACAAAACUAUUCAGAUUGAUACUUAUGAGAAAAAAAGUUAUUUAAACAAUAUUUACGAUUAUCGUGGUGAUUCAAAGUGUCUUUUGAAAGUAUCUUCAGAUCUAACGGACUCUGAUAAACUCUGCAAAAAAAUAAGCCAAGAAAGUUUUUUUAUAAGCAAUAGGCUGGAUCCAUUAGAACCAAGAUUUUCUGGUUGGAAUCCUAAAAUUACAAGAACUGCAUUCACUCAGCUCCAAAAGCCAAAAGUUAUGCUGCAACGAUUGUCACCUGCAACUCGAAAACAUUAUGGCUAUAAUCAACCUCUUGAAUCUAAAAUAUUUCAAAAUAAUUUCUCAAUACCUUCUCUCGAUGGGUCAGCAGAUUUUACUUCAAGUGAUUCAGAGCCAGAUACUGAUACUUCAGUAGUUAAGACUGAAGAAAAACGAGUAUGUGCUUACAUAUCUGAAAACAAUAAAAGGAAACAUAAAGAAAUUGAUAAUAAAGCUGAUCAAUGCAUACCAAUCAACCAAACAGCUCAAUUUUCAACGAGUCUACGACAAUUGCCAAAAAAUUAUUCGUCACUUGAAAUAUUUAUAGAACCUAAAGAAGCUUCUACCAAUAAAAGUUUUACACCACAACACAAAAGACAAAAGAUUCUCACUCGAUCUACACAAAACGAAGAAAUGAAUUUUAAACCAGCACUUAUAAAAACACCACAUUCACCAGAUAAUUCCGAAAAUAUAACAGCCCAAACAACGAGCGAUAUGAUCAGUGAGUCCAGAUCAAUCAGUGAUUUGUUAUGCAAUCUUGAAAAUAAGCCUGAAGUUAUACAAACAAAUCAAGGAAAUGAUAAAAAUAUUGGAAGUAUUAGUAAUCUUAUGGACAUAUCUUCAAUGCAAUUGCUAAAUAAUCAUUAUGAUAAGAGCGAGUGUACAGCUACUCUUACUGAACAUCUUGAAUCUAAGAUUACAGAAAGUUUUUUUUUGAAACGUAGUUAUGUAAUAUGUGACAGUGUAAAAAAAUCGGUUAUAAUAAUUCCGAAUACGAAUCCACCAAAAUUACAUGAUAUAAUUGCAACCUUGAAAUUAUAUGAUUUUUCAAAAAGACAAAAGAAACUUGCUCAACAAAUGCUAAAAGUUAACAGCAAGAAUAUAAUUAAUGUGCCAGUUUUCAAAUCAAGGUUGAAAAGUCUUACGGGUAUAAAUCUGUGGCGUAAAUUGAAAUUGCAAGAUUUUUAUUCUUUAAAUAAAAAAAAUAAAUUUAUUUUAAAUGCUCCAACAAUUAUAACUCCUUUGCUUUUUCCACCUUUACGGAAAAAAGUUAUAAAUUUGAUGACAGCUCGAAAAAAUGAUGAAUCAAAUAAAAUAAUUACAUCAAAAAUAUUCAAUUCAACUUCGUCAGAACACAAUAAUCCUUUAUUUGAAAAAAAAACAAGAAUAAACGUUCAACCGAAAAGAAAAAUUAUUGGUAAAUAUAAUAAACCGCUUAAAAAUAGUUUUAAAAAAAAAUUAAAAGUAUCAAGUUUAUUGAAACAAAAUAAAACAUCAAAUCGAAUUGGUUUUUCAUGUGGUCAAAUUGAGUAUCAAUCGGAUUCAACAAGAAGUAACAUUACGAAUGAAAAUUUGAAUAAUGCAAAAACUCUUGUAGCUUAUGAUUAUUUAACGAUUCUUUGUAUUGAAAUACAUGCAAAUACUCGAGGUGAUUUACUGCCUGAUCCUCAAAGCGAUUCAAUAAAUGCAAUUUUUUAUGCAAUUAAAAAAAAUAUACCUCCUGGUCCCGAUGUUAAGCCGCUUGAGCACGGUGUUAUUGUAGUUAUAUCGAAAGGACAAUAUGAAUUUGAUUACGACUUGCAAUCAAAUAAGCAUUUUGCCAUCAAUCAUGUAUCUAGUGAAAUUGAACUCUUUGAAAGAUUAAUCGAGCUUAUUUCACGUACAGAUCCAGAAAUAUUUAUUGGAUGGGAAAUUGAGUUUUUAUCAUGGGGGUACUUAUUUCAACGAGCUGCAAAACUAGAUUUAAACUUAGCCAAAAGUAUAUCAAGAAUUCCAAACGUCCAAUCUAAAUGGGAAAGUAAUGUCUUGGCUGCAUCAGAGUCAUUACAAGAGACUAAACUCCCAGGGCGUAUUGUACUCGACAUAUGGCGAAUUAUGCGAUCAGAAAUAUCACUAUUGACUUACACUUUUGAAAAUGUUAUGUACCACGUUCUGAAUGAGAGGUUGCCAUGUCCAUCAUUUAAAGCAUUAACUAGUUGGUGGGAAUUACAGCAGCCAAAAACACGUUGGAAAGUUAUUCAGCAUUAUUGUAUCAAAGUCGUUGGAAUAUUAAGAAUUAUUGAGCAGCUAGAUAUUAUAGGUCGAACAAGUGAACACGCACGCUUAUUUGGUAUUCAGUUUUACGAGGUUUUUUCUCGUGGAUCACAAUAUCGUGUAGAAUCAAUUAUGCUACGUUUAGCAAAACCCUUAAACUACAUUCCUGUUUCACCGUCAGCACAUCAACGAGCAUCAAUGAGAGCUAUGGAAGCACUUCCACUUAUCAUGGAGCCCGAAUCAAUGUUUUAUACCGAUCCACUCAUUGUGCUUGAUUUUCAAAGUCUCUACCCCAGUAUUAUUAUCGCCUACAAUAUUUGCUUUUCAACGUGUCUUGGUCGUAUUGAACACAUUGGUCAGUCCGAUCCAUUCGAAUUUGGUGCCUCUGUUCUUCGUGUAUCAAAAAAUACAGCUUUAGAACUUAAAGGAAAAGUCAACUUUACACCGUGUGGAGUAGCCUUUGUUAAGCCUGAAGUACGAGUAGGAAUAUUACCUAGAAUGCUUACUGAGAUAUUGGAUACUCGAUUUAUGGUGAAAAAAGCUAUGAAAGAUUAUGCACAAAAUAACAAGACUCUUCACCGAGUACUUCACUCACGGCAACAUGGUCUCAAAUAUCUUGCCAAUGUUACCUAUGGGUACACUGCAGCAAAUUUUAGCGGAAGAAUGCCUUGUAUUGAGGUUGGUGAUAGUGUAAUAAGUAAAGCCAAGGAGACCUUGGAAAGAGCUAUAAAACUCGUCGAGUCGACAACUAAGUGGGGAGCUCGGGUGGUUUACGGAGAUACGGACUCGCUUUUCAUUCUUAUACCGGGAAAAUCAAAAAAAGAUGCAUUCGCAAUUGGCAAUGAAAUUGCUGAUGCUGUGACUUUAGACAAUCCAUCACCAAUUAAAUUAAAAUUUGAAAAAAUUUUAUUUCCGUCAAUUUUACAGACGAAAAAACGUUAUUGCGGUUAUAUGUACGAGCAGCCGGAUCAAAUUUCUCCAAAGUUCUUGGCAAAAGGAAUUGAAACUGUUCGACGAGAUGGUUGUCCAGCUGUUUCCAAAAUACUUGAAAAAACUUUGAAAAUUCUUUUUGAUUCAAAAGACUUAUCGCAAGUCAAACAUUAUAUUACAAGACAAAUUGAUAAAAUCCUUCGUGGCAAGGUUUCUCUUGACGAUUUGACGUUUGCAAAAGAAUUUCGGGGUCUGCGAGGGUAUAAGGAAAAAGCUUGUGUUCCUGCGUUGGAACUGACACGACGCUUAAUGAAAAAGGAUCCUCUGGCGCUUCCAAGACGCGGUGAACGUGUUCGUUAUGUGAUUGUUUGUGGUGCUCCAAAUCAAGCCCUUAUUCACUGCGUACGUACACCUUGGGAAGUCCUUAAUGAUCCUGGAUUGCGACUUAAUGUUUUUUACUAUAUAACUCGAGUAAUUAUACCACCAUUGAAUCGAUGUUUAAAUUUAAUGGGUGUAGAAGUAAAUAACUGGUUACAAGAAAUGCCACAUCGUCAAAUACUUGACAAUCCGACUAUCUUGCCUAGUGACAAACAGAAACAUACAAUCUUUCAAUACUUUGGGAACAUUGUUUGUAUCAUUUGCGAGUCUCUAACCAAUAAGGGUAUCUGCUUUGAUUGCGUAACAAAACCCACUGAUACACUGAUUAUACUUAAUGAAAAAGUUAGAUGGUUAGACAGAAUCAAUGAUCACAUAAAUGGUAUGUGUCAAUCGUGUUUCGGCCGAACAAACGAUAUCGAUUGUAGUUCUCUUGAUUGUCCGGUACUUUAUCGCAGAGUUAGAGCGGAAAACGAUUUUCGACAAGCCAAUGAAUUGAUAAAGUUUAUCGAAGAUGGAAGUACCUUUAAAAACUAGUUAUUGAUGUGAUAUUUUUAUAAAAAAAAAAAAAAAAAGUAUCUUGUUAUAUGUAUUUAUAUCAAUGUCCACUGCUGGCGGUGUUUUAAACCACUGAUAAAUGAAAUAUAAAUUAUGACAGUAUAUUAAAACAUGUAUAACACUCGAUUUUAUUAUCCAAAGACCAAAAUAUCAUUAUAAAAAGUAACGAUUUUCCCGUUUGAAAAUCAAAAUGUUCAAUACUCUCGUGAAUGUGGUACAAUUUUUAUCCAGUGUAUUUUUCAUUCACACGUCUCGGUAGGUAAUAGACAGGUUGCAUGGUUAAUAUAACAUAAUAUAACCAUUCAUAAACGCAUAAAUAUAAAUUUAUAAAUUCAGAACAUAUUUAUCAUGUGAAAAAUUUUAUUUCUCUUAGGUGGAAUUCAAUAUAGGCAAAUAUUUUUUAAGUAGUUAGUAACUGAUACAUGACAAAUAUAGAAUUUACAAUUACAAACAGUUUUCGUUCAGAAUUUUCGGAUUUUGAUGGAAAAAAGAACAACUCUGCGUCUUCAUGAUGGACAUGAGGAAACAUAUUGUUCUUAGUUUAUCAAGUUUAUGGCAUUUUUUUUUUUUUUUUUUACUAUAAAUACAUUUUUAAAGUGUUAAAUUAUAAGUUGGUUCAUAAAUAUUGAACUUAAAUAUUUUAGAAAGAGUGAUCAAUUUCAGUGAAUCCAUGGUGUAAGUUGUUGGUGUUGAAUAACAGUUUCUAUUACAAAACUAUACAAGAGCUUUUUUCACGGUAUGGGUUCAACUUUUGAGAUGAAAAACCAACAAGAAGACAAUCUU